AUGAGCCUCUCCAGCCUCCCGUCGCCCUUCAAGCCUCUCCCAGCAUCAGUAGCCCACUCCAGACUGAAAAUCAACUCCUUCGCACUCGCCCUCCUCACCGUCUUUCGCUCAAUAUUCACCCCGUACCGUCAAUUCCGCCGGGGAGUGAUCUGGUUCGCAGAUGAGUAUGUGCAAGGGCGUGCAAGAGGUCAUGCGAGCUGGGCAGGAAGAGGAUUUUGGUGGCUGGAAACGAUACUGACGGUGGUGACGCUGUGGAAUAUCGUCGAAGCGUACAUCUCGGUCCGGUCGCCUGCUGCGCCUGCGAAGGCACCAGGGGCAACAGGGCUUCAGUUGACUCCCUCUCGAGUGUCAUCGCCUCUGACCCGGGCAUACCCCUUAACCGCCACCAAAGGCCCUUCCACCCCUUCUGUAUCCACCCCAACUCGCCCAUCCUCUUCCUCACAAUCGCAAAACUACCCUUCUUCAGCCCUAGCGCGCACAUCAUCAAAUAACAAUAAUACGCCAGGCCGUGCAUCCCCAUUAUCGCAAUCCACAGCCAAAGCGCUCAAUCUGCCCUUCCGACCAAGAGAGUCUACAGGCCUAUUCUUUCCAGAGGAGGCGGGAGCAUCGCCUAGUAAGGUCGGAAGAGGGAGUCAGGGGGCUGCAUCAAGCAGUGGAGGCAACAGCGGAGGGGCGGCGUCAGGAGGCGGAGUCGGGAGAACCGGGUCGACAGAUGAGUUCGUCAUGGUAGAGAGGGAAGAGAAGGAAUGGGUUGAUAAUGUCUGGAAGGGCGUCAGGGGGAAGGGCGGUCGAGUAGGCUUAUAG